AUGAAAGAUUUAAAAGUCGUCGAUUCUUCUAAUAUAAAUUAUAAUCAAGAUGAAGAAGAAAAAAAGAGAAUUGCCAAUGCUUAUUUGGAUGUAUCAACUCAUGGCACGCCCGUAGAUAUAGAAAAUGGAGGAGAACCAAUACCCCAAAUAAUUUUCGAUAAAAAAAAAAUAUACAAGAUAUUUUAUAUCCGAGCACUAUAUGCCGCAAUUUUUUUUACAAUGGGAAUAAUAAUACAAUGCUAUUUUAUAAUUUUGAGUGAUGAAUAUUAUAAGACAGGAGAAACACCUUUAAAAGAUAGAAUGCAUGAACUAUUUAAAAGACCAGAUUUUAUGACUCAAGAAUUUGUUAAUUCAACUAUUCUUUCUUUAAUGGGCAUAUCAUUUUUAAGAUUUGGAUUAUUUUCUCCUGCACUAUUCGCUAUAACUAUGUUUACUAGAACAGCACUUAUAUUAGGGUUUACUUAUAUGAUACGAUCAAUAUUUAUUUAUGCUACUACUAUACCAUGCCCAGUACCUACUUGUCAACCUCUUGUAAGUAAUGGAUUACUUCAAAACAUAUACUCAAUAUAUUUGAUCGUAUUCGCCGAAGUGUACGAAUGUACCGAUUUAAUUAUAUCAGGCCAUACUUGUUUUACUACUUUAUUUGCUUUGGUAUGGCUAUAUUAUGAAAAAAAUACCUUUUCAAAGGUAGUUAUAUUUUUAUAUUCCAUAUAUUCGUAUUUGCUCAUUAUAAUAUCAAGAUUUCAUUAUUCGGUUGAUGUGUUACUUGGAAUUUUUUUUGAGGCGAGUAUUUUUAUUAUAUACCACUGGAUUCUAGAUAUUGCUGCAAAAAGAUACGCACUAAAUAAAUCAUUCACCUGCAAGAAUCCUGCGUUUAAGGGCUCAUUUUCUGAUAGAAAUAGUAUACUUAAUUAUUUUAUUCGAAUAAUAGCAUAUAUGGAGGGAUUAAAUUAUAGGCUUGAUAUAGCAAUGCAUUAUGACAAAGAAUUAAGCACAUUCUGCCCUUGCCGACCCGUAAAUUCCCAAGGUCUCAUAAUUCCAAACAAUUCGGGCACUAUGGAAAGUUAUAUUUUUAGUGAGCAUUUUUAUCAUUCUUAUGCGGGUGAUGGCUCCUUUGAUUUGUCAACAAUAAAGUAUUUUGUAAGAAAAUUUAAAUUCUAUACCGGACUAACAAAAGACGAUUAA